AUGUUCUCAGCCCUUAUCCCUCGGCUCAACGCGAUCAAGCAGCGAGUCCCGCUGCUGAACCAGCUGCAUCUGAACUUUAUCUUUGUACAUUACGCCUAUAUCAUCUCCUGGGUGCUCAUCAGCUCCAUCCUCAUCUACCCCGGCGGCCAUCUCUCCUACACAGAUGCUCUCUUCCAAUCGUCCGGUGCCGCCACCCAGAGCGGGCUGAACACGGUCGACAUCAACAAGCUGAGCCUCUACCAGCAGAUUGUGCUCUAUUUUGUUGCGAUUUUCUGCACCCCGAUCUUCAUCCAUAGCGCGCUGGUCUUUAUCCGACUGUAUUGGUUCGAGAAGCGGUUCCAGCACGUGGUUCGGGAUGCCCGCGCCUUGCGCACCACCCGGUCCCGCAUGGAUACGAUGACCCAGGACAAGGACAGCGAGGAGAUCAAUCGGGCGGAGUUGGGGAUUGGCGGCCGACCGAUUGUGGUGCUGCGGAACAAUGCGGGGGAUGCCCGAGGCCAUCGACUCCCCGACCCGACGCCCAAGGCCCCCGACGCUCCAGAGCAGGAAGAGACCCCCGACGGAAAGAAGACCAGUGAGCGCUCCAGCUCCGAGAAGACGGAGACCCCCCGGCCGAACCUGAGCCCCGAGCACCACAUCGCCUUCCUCGAGAACCAGCGCAAGAACAAAGGCGCCCUGCGCAUCCCCAGCCCCCGCGAGUACGACCGCGGCGGAGUCCCCGAAGCCCUGGAGGACGGCGAGGACGAGGAGCCCGAGCAGGUGCAGCAGCCUUCAAGCCCACAGGAGGAUCGCCGACGGAGCUCGACGGACUCGGACGAGGUCGAUCAAGUUGGUCCUCUGGAGGGACCUCACAUUACAAUCAAUGAGCCGGAUUUCACACGCACCCGCACACGAGGUAACACCUUCUCGCGCCUGGAUACGAGGCCCACCAUCCGUGACACCAUGACCAAGGAUGCCGACGACACCGGGCUGGGCCCGGUGACCACCAAGAAUACUUUCCGGGGCAUCUUCCGAUCGUUGACCCAGGAGCGGGAGCGGCCCACCCAGCCGUAUCUGAGCUGGAACGCCACCGUGGCGCGCAAUUCCAACUUUGUGGAUCUGACGGAGGAGCAGCGUGACGAACUCGGUGGCAUUGAGUACCGCGCGCUGAAGACGUUGGCCGUGGUGCUGAUUUCGUACUAUGUUGGUUUCCAUCUCUUCGGCCUGGUCAGUCUGGUUGGCUGGAUUAUGACGGUGGACACCUGGGGCAACGUGGUAAAAGAAGACGGCGUGGGACGGCCAUGGUGGGGUAUCUUCACCUCUGCGUCUGCCUUCAAUGAUUUAGGAUUCACUCUGACGCCGGAUUCGAUGUACUCGUUCCAGAGGGCGAUCUUCCCGCUGCUUCUCAUGUCUUUCUUGAUAAUUAUUGGCAAUACCGGGUUCCCAUGCAUGCUGCGCUUGACGAUUUGGACGCUGUCGAAGUUUGCUCGGCAAGGAACGGCCUUCUGGGAGGAAUUGAAAUUCCUGCUGGAUCAUCCCCGUCGCUGCUUUACUCUUCUUUUUCCUCGCAACGCUACGUGGUGGUUGUUUGCGAUCCUGGUGGCUUUGAACGGCAUUGAUCUGAUUUUCUUCAUUAUCUUGGACUUGAACGAUCCCACGGUGACCAACUUGCCACCCGGGAUCCGUGUCUUGGACGGCUUCUUCCAGGCCGCCUCCACUCGCACCGCCGGCUUUGGCAUUGUGAGCCUGUCGGACCUCCACCCGGCCAUUCAGGUGUCCUACCUGAUCAUGAUGUAUAUCUCCGUCUUCCCCAUUGCCAUCUCCAUGCGUCGAACGAACGUGUACGAGGAGAAGAGUCUGGGCAUCUAUGGCUUUGAAGACGAGACUGAAGUGGAUGACCACACCUCGCCCAGUUAUAUUGGUGCUCACUUGCGGCGUCAGCUGAGUUUCGAUCUGUGGUACGUAUUUUUGGGGCUCUUCGUCAUUGCCAUCGCGGAAGGCGGUCGGUUGGAGGACGCGCAGGACUAUUCCUUCCAGCUGUUCACCGUUCUGUUUGAGGUGGUGUCGGCCUACGGUACCGUGGGAUUGUCCUUCGGAUACCCCGGCGUCAACACCUCCUUCUCCGGCCAGUUCAACGUGGUGUCCAAGCUGGUGAUCAUUGCCAUGCAGAUCCGCGGACGCCAUCGUGGCCUGCCCUACGCACUGGACCGUGCCGUGCUGCUGCCGUCGGAUGCCCUGAACCGACACGAGGCCGCUGAAACGGAGCGCCGGAUGCGCCGGCGGGCCUCGAAUCUCAGUGGCGGCGAGUCUAUCGGUCGGCCCCAGUCUGGCCGCCUGUCGCAGUCGCAGGCUGACGCCCUGUCGACCGGGCUGGAAUCUCACGACUGGCAAACCCAUCCUGCGCCGAAUGGAGACGCCUUGGUGCAUCGCUCGUCGACUGUGCGUUCGGCCCGGUAA